AUGCGUUUCGCCCUCCUCGCCGUUGUUGUUGCAUUGACAGUAUCUAUGCCUGUCGAUGGAUGUACGAACCUUUAUCAGCGUUGCACUGUUGAUAACGAUUGCUGCAGUACGGCUUGUGGCAUUUCUUGCUCGUGGUCCAAUAAGCUCGAGUUUGUGUCACUGUCAAAAGACUCGAAACAAGCUACCAUUGUCAUGAAAAAAAAUCGACCUUGGACGAGCUGGAGAAGCAUAUCACCCGCGCUGAAAGGUGCAGAGAGCGAGUUAUCGCCUCGCAACAGAUGUCAUCUACUCACACACUCCAAGAUCAAGCUUGCCGAAGAGAUGCACUCUGGCCUGCCUGAAUCGUUACCAUCCAAAUCUUCAAGCAACUCCAUCAACUCCUUGUUCCUUAAGACUGUGGGCCUGAGAGCACACGGGGGAGUAAAAGCUCGACAUCGUAGUUAUCGCUGGAUUUUUCAAUGGAUGCUGAAAGACCUACAAUCCACCAGACUCAGUUUUAUUGUUUUUGCGACAUUACUCUUCACGAAAGCACGGCUUAUUGGCAUAACGACCAGCUGAAGUUAUGGUCUGGCUUCAGCCAUAGCGAGCCGUGUUAUAUUAAUGUACCUGGGCAACACGACAGACUCGUGAACUUUGGCCAUAUCUCGAAGUUCUAUAUUCCGUGGUCAUCUUGAGUCUCGCAGUUGUAAAUGUUUGGAGGGAGGAUUGCGAUCAUAUCGAUCUUGGGGCCAACUUGCAAGCAUCUAUUGAAGCACACAAUAGCGUUUGGAUGGGAGCAUCAUAUUUGCGAGGUUUCGCGAGGAAUUAUGCAGAUUAUCGUGAAAUUUUGGGUCUGAGUGUAGACUGUACUUUGUCACAACCAUCCAUAUAAGCUUGACCCACAGCCCAUCAGAUUC